CAGAGACAGAGAGAGGCGUGCUACUCGCCCUUUGCGCACAUUUCACAGUCGAAGUUGGUUUGUGAGGUGCGUCACCGAUUGAAUUAUAGUUCGGAAUAUUUCUUUAAUUUCCAUACAUUAAUCCCAUGGUUUAAAUCUAAGGAGCUCCUCAGGAGAGAAGACCACAGGAUAACACUGCGCGCGGAUAGACUAAAUCCACUUACAUCGAGAUUUGCAAGUAAUCUGGACCAGCGCAGCCAUGCCAUUUGGCUGUUUGACCUUUGGGGAGAAGAAGGAUUACAACAGUCCUUCUGAGGUCACUGAUAAAUAUGACCUUGGACAGGUAGUAAAAUCGGAGGAGUUUUGUGAGAUCUUUCGGGCGAAAGACAAGAACACACAAAAAAUGUACACCUGCAAGAAAUUCCUGAAAAAAGAUGGGAGAAAAGUGCGGAAGGCUGCCAAGAAUGAGAUCCUCAUCUUAAAAAUGGUGAAGCAUCAUAACAUCCUCCAGCUGGUCGAUGUCUUUGAGACAAGAAAAGAGUACUUCCUCUUCCUGGAACUAGCCACAGGCAGAGAGGUGUUUGACUGGAUCCUGGACCAGGGCUACUACUCAGAGCGUGACACCAGCAAUGUGAUCAGACAAGUGCUGGAGGCUGUGGCUUACCUCCACUCUCUCCGCAUCGUGCACAGAAACCUGAAGCUGGAAAAUCUUGUUUACUACAAUCGUCUGAAGCACUCUAAAAUUGUCAUUAGUGAUUUUCACCUGGCCAGACUGGAGAACGGUCUCAUUAAAGAGCCAUGUGGCACUCCAGAGUACCUGGCACCAGAGGUAGUUGGCAGACAAAGAUAUGGCAGACCAGUGGACUGCUGGGCCAUUGGAGUAGUCAUGUACAUCCUACUGUCAGGAAACCCUCCUUUUUAUGAUGAGGCAGAUGAUGAUGAUUAUGACAGUCACGACAAAAACCUGUUCCGGAAAAUUCUUUCAGGAGACUAUGAGUUUGACUCACCCUACUGGGAUGACAUCUCUGAUUCUGCUAAAAGCUUAGUUGCAUCCUUAAUGGAAGUGGACCAGGACCAAAGACUUACUGCACAGGAGGCUAUCAACCAUGAAUGGAUAUCUGGAAAUGCUGCUUCAGACAAGAACAUCAAGGAUGGUGUGUGUGCUCAGAUUGAAAAGAACUUUGCCAAAGCUAAAUGGAAGAAAGCAGUUCGAGUGACCACUUUAAUGAAGAGGCUGCGAGCACCAGACCAGAGUGACUCUGGGGCCUCCAGUCCAGCCCCGGAGGCCUCGGCAGGGCCCGUCACUCCCAACAUCACACCUCUUCCUGUGGCUGCCACUCCUGAGCCCUCCCACACCUCCCUGGAGGUCCAGGGUGCAAGAGCGGAGGAUACCACUAAUGUGGCUCGGUGUAAUGGAGAGAUGCUGUCCCCUCCACAGCUCAACAUGGAGACAAGGGAGGAGCAGAACGGCUAAUGGGCGAUACAUGCAGAUGUACGCAAACACACACACUGUACAUAGGAAGACACACUGAAAGCUAAUGGCCAGGCCUAGCUAUAAUGUUACCCACAUCCAUUACAUUUGUGAAAAUCCUUCCCUUUUUAGUUCGCUUCCUGCAUAAAGUUUUGAGUUGCUAAUAUUUGCUUAGAAAAUUACUUGUAAUAUUGAUAAAAUUAUAAGAUUUAUGUGUUUCUAUUAAAAAAAGAACAGAUUAUUUAGCAUUUUAACAAAAGGUGUUUUCAAUCAUGAGGAAUGUGUUACUCUUUGUCCUAUCAUAUAUACUACUCGCAGCAACAAAAUAUUUUUAGCUAACAAGCAAAAACCUUAGGCCAGUCCAUUCAAUUACCAAUGAAUAUAAUUUAUUUUAGGUUUUGUUGACAUCUAGCUGUUUUUAAAUGUUAAAGCGAACAUUACUUAGUAAGCAAAUCAUAGACAAAGGUAAAUGUUAAGUGCUUGCCUGCUUAAAUUUAAUCUUAAUUGUACUAUGAUACUGCAAGAAAUGGAAUUCCUCAGUGAGUUCAUAUAAACAUAUUUUCUUUCUAAAAUGCACAAUUUUAGAGUUGCCAGGUAAACUUUCUGUGGCAGCAUUUGAGCUAGUUCGAUCACCAUUUAACACCUAGUCAGUGUUCAUUAUGUGACUAUACAUAUAAACACAUUCAUAUUUUAAUGCAUUUACCAAGAGCCAUGCAAAAGUUUCCUUAGAAACAACAAGACAUGUCACUUAGCGACUGUAAUUUAAUGAUUUGAUUACUUUUAAGCAUAAAUGUAAAAAUUCUGCAUACCGCACCUUUAAUUGCCAGUAUUAUUAUACAUUUUUAUUGCUGUAUAAAUGCCAUUUAUUUUGUUCAUCUCAUAUUUAUGCCUUUCUCAGUGUCUUUAUGGCAUACCACCUAAAACAUUGCACAUCAACAUGUGCCCUAAACCUAUGACAAAUUCAUGGCUUUCAAAGAGGCCAGCUGUAAAUGCAUUUCUCACUGAAGAGAGGACUGCAUAAUAAAGAAAAUGUGCAUUUGUCCUGUUUGAUUUUGGUGUUUUGUAACGAAUUUAUGCUUUAGAAGGAAAAAUUUGUCUUCAUGUCUAUAUAUUUUCUCAAUUAUUUUAAAAGGCCUAAUUCAAUCAAUUCAGUUUACUAAUGAAAUUUUAAGACAUUUGCCAGCUCAAUAAAACAUGUCAUAGUACUUUUAACAUAAUGUAAGAUAACCAAGCAAAGAAUACUAACAUAAUAGUUGACACCAUCAUUGACCUGAUUGGUGGUUUCUCUACCAUUGAACCAAGUAUUUUUUACUUGGGUCAAAUACACAAUGAUUUCAGAGUGAUACUUGGUUUGAUUGAAUUUGACCAUAAAUCUGUGUUUUAUAGACGUGAACUGUAGAUGUAUGUACUGUAUUUUACAGAGCACUUCAUAAUAUACGGAAUACAGUAGGUGUUGUGUAUUUUACUAGUAAAAAAAGCCCAUCACUGGGUUGUUAAUGAAUUCUGUUUAAUGUACAGUACAAACUGAGCAAUAUCUCUAUUGCUGUGAUACUGUGAAACUGCCAUACUGUUGAUGUAGAGGGUCACUUGCCAUUUCAUUCAGAUCGUUUCUGGCAAGCUCAGCUUUCCUUCUUAAUUGUACAUUAAGAUAUAAAACAUUUCACAGUUGGUUGUACAAUAUGAACUUAAAACAUUUCACAGUGAUUUUAUUUUGAUUAUGUUUCCCUCAGAAUCAAAUUCAUUCCACAGUUGCAAAAACAAUGGAUCGGUAAUGAUGUGGCCAUUUUAUUUGGUCACUAGUUUUGGUCAGGAUAUUUAUUUUCUUGUUGGCUAUGAUUUCAGAUGCUUAGUUUUUCAUACUUUAUUUUAAUCUACACUGAGUCUAUCUUCUUUAUGUACACAGUGAUUUUAAAGCACUUUCAAAACCAUAUUCAUUUUAUAUGUAUCAUGUCUGUGAUUAAAUUGCAUCUUAAAUAAAGGAACUGCUUAAGUGUUCAGU